CAUGGAGAGGAUGCAGCAGGUCGUUGGGCGGGCGAGAGCCGCCUUCAACUCAGGCCGGUGCCGCUCGCUGGAGUUCAGGAUGCAGCAGCUGAAGGCCCUGGAGCGGAUGGUGCAGGAGAAGGAGAAGGAGAUCCUGGCAGCCAUCAAGGCGGAUCUGCACAAGUGUGGGCACAAUGCAUACAGCCACGAGAUCCUGGGCGUGCUGGGGGAGCUGGCCCUGGCCAUGGACAAGCUGCCGUCAUGGGCAGCCCCUCAGCCUGUGAAGAGGAACCUGCUGACGAUGCGGGAUGAGGCCUACAUCUGCCCCGAGCCGCUGGGAGUGGUGCUGAUCAUUGGGGCCUGGAACUACCCCUUUGUCCUGGUCAUGCAGCCUUUGAUCGGGGCCAUCGCAGCAGGCAAUGCCGUGGUGGUGAAGCCAUCAGAGAUCAGUGAGAACACGGCUCAGCUGGUGGCUGAUCUCCUUCCCCAGUACCUUGACAAGGAGCUGUACCCCGUGGUCACUGGAGGAGUACCUGAGACAACAGCGCUACUGACCCAGAGAUUUGAUCACAUCCUCUACACCGGCAACUCCACAGUGGGCAAAAUCGUGAUGGCAGCGGCCGCCAAGCACCUGACGCCCGUCACCCUGGAGCUGGGCGGGAAGAGCCCCUGCUACAUCGACAAGGACUGUGACCUGGCCGUUGCCUGCAGGCGGAUAACGUGGGGGAAGUACAUGAACUGUGGGCAAACCUGCAUUGCCCCGGACUACAUCCUCUGCGACCCAUCCAUCCAGAGCAAGGUGGUGGAGAAUAUCAAGGCGACUCUGCAGGAAUUCUAUGGGGAAGACGUGAAGAAGUCUCCGGAUUAUGAAAGGAUCGUCAACAAGCGUCACUUCAAGAGGAUCCUGGGCCUGCUGGAAGGGCAGAAGAUCGCUCACGGGGGAGAGGCUGAUGAGGCCUCCUGCUUCCUCGCACCGACUAUCCUCACCGAUGUUUCUCCGGAGUCAAAGGUGAUGGAGGAGGAAAUCUUUGGACCGGUCCUUCCCAUUGUGACCGUGAAGAGCGUGGACGAAGCCAUUGAGUUCAUCAACCGUCGGGAGAAGCCGCUUGCCCUGUACGUCUUCUCAAACAACAAGAAGUUAAUCAAAAGAGUAAUCUCGGAAACCUCCAGUGGGGGUGUUACUGGAAAUGAUGUCAUUAUGCAUUUCUUCCUCUCAACCUUACCCUUCGGUGGUGUUGGUAACAGCGGGAUGGGCGCCUACCACGGCAAGCACAGCUUUGAGACCUUCUCCCACCGCCGCGCCUGCUUGAUCAAGGACCUGAAGAUGGAGGGUACGAACAAACUCCGGUACCCACCCGGCAGCCAGAAGAAGGUUGAUUGGGCCAAGUUCUUCGUCUUGAAGCGGUUUAACAAGGGCCGAGUGGGACUGGUCAUCUUGGCCCUGCUGGGGAUUGUGGCAGCGGUGGUGGCAAAGAUGGUUUACUACUGAAGAGAGGAGAAGGCGCCACGUGCAAGUCAUACUCCAAGUGCUCGCUUUGUGUCUGUUUUCUUAAGCUGAGAAGUCACUUUUUCUUUUGUACUGGGUUAUUUCAGUGGGCUGUCGAGCACACAGAGUAGCCUUAGAAAGGCACUAACCAAGAGAAGGCUUGGACUCCUGUUUACUAAAAAGCCAUGCUGAAACAGAGGGACCAGUGGGUACAGGCCCUCCAAAGGAGGGCUGCACAGCAAGAAAUAGCAGCCCCUACCUCCACCCCAUGCCGUGCAGAGCGCCGCUUCCAGGGACACGCACACUGUGUCUUGGGCCAAGCCGCUUACCUUCCUUCAGUGACAAACAGGAGCUGAAGUUUCAGCUGUGAUUGGGUUACGGUGCUUUCCCUGCCGUUUUCGGGAUGGUCUGUCUUCUAUUGUGCUCCAAACAACCACCCUCUUGGUGAUGAGUCUGAGACAGGCUGUGCUGGCUGAUGGCUUUUACCAAUAGUGAUGGUUAUGAAUAAACCUGGUGAGCUUCCCCUUGCCAUUUAAUUGAGGUGAAAUAUUCAUGGAUCUCUGUGAACCAGAAUUGUCCACAGCUGGUCAGGAGAUGCAGGCUGACACCCUUUCUGGGGCUCGGGGUUUCAUCAUGUGCCUUGUAAGUAUUAUUUGGCAGUUAGAAAAUUACAGAGUGAUACCUGCACUGCCUGUAUUUUGCUGAUAAGGGCAUCUUAUGCUCAUACAAAAGAACUUUCAGGCCUGUUUAGAGAAGCAGGAAUCGCAAAGUACCCUGUUGUGGGUUAGCCCAGGUGGGCACCGAAGCCCCACACAGCUGCUCACUCAGUCCCCCAGUGGGAUGGGGAAGAGAGUCGGAAGGGUAAAAGUGAGAAAACUUGAGGGUUGAGAUAAAGACAGUUGACUGGGUAAAGUGAAAGCUGGGCGUGCAAGCAAGCAAAUUAAGGAAUUCAUUCACUACCUCUGCCUGCCGAGCAGGUGUUCAGCCAUCCCCAAGAAAGCAGGGCUUCAGCGCAUGUAACGGUGACUUGGGAAGUCAGAUUCUGUAACUCCCAAUGUCCCCCCCUCCUUCUUCCCCAACAGCUUUUAUAGCUGAACGCAAUGUCAUACGGUCUGGAACACCCCUUUGGUCAGCUGGGCUCAGCUCUCCCAGCCGUGUCCUCCCCGCUUCUUGCCGACUCCACGGGGCAGCGAGAAAGAGAGACCUUGAUGCUGUGCAAGCACUGUUCGGGAACAGCUAAACCACGGGUGCAUUACCAACGCUGUUAUGGUCACAAAUCCAAAACACAGCACCAUUCUGCUAUGAGGAAACUUAGUGACUAUGAUGAAAAUUAACUCUAUCCCAGUCAAAACCGGUACAAACCUGUACCUAGACAGAUUCCUCCAAGGGAAAACAGUUACUGAAAGAGUGUGUACUCCUUUGUGUUCGAGCUUCUGGGUCUGCUGUAAUCUUGCACUGGGAGAUUAAUAUGGGGCUUGUUCUAGCUCAGGGAGAGGAUGCUGGAGAAAUGUAAGGUGAAAGGACCUUAGAAAUACUAAUGUUUAAAUAAGGAAAAUUUAAAAAUUAUUAUUAAAUGCAAUUAAUAUAGAGUAGAAAAUUAUAUUUACUGUGCAAUAAGUGGGAUUUCUUAAUGUCUGGUGAAAAUCCAUGUGCUAAGCCUUUUUAAUGACAUAUUUUGCAAGUGCUAAAUAAACACUGAGAA